AUGUCCGAACAGCAGGUAGGUUAAGUAAGAAUAUAUGUAUAUUAAAAGGAAUAAUUGGAUGUAACUGCCAUGAUGGAGGAUUUGUAUGAAAAACUAAUAUUAUUGAAUUAUGAAUAAAGUUAUGUGAAAUAAAAGUAAGUUUAAAAUUCCAAUAACUAGAGGUGGGAAACCAUUGAAUAGAGCAUACUUUGUUAAUUAAACUAAUUCAAGUGAGUAAUUUGGUCAAUUUAAAACGUAUAGUAUCUUUCAUAUAUUUAGAUUGGUUAAAUGGCUGUUUUCUUAGAAUGAUGUGCAAACUGCUGAUUUUAAUAAGUUGGAUGACCCUGUUACAUUGUCAUAGAAUAUAUGUAUAUUACCUUCUAAUUGGAAUAGUAAAUGAAGUCAAAAAUAUGGGAAUUGAAGUUGACUUCCCCCCACUUAAAUUAAAAUAAGGGUUUGGGGAAUAUGUUGUGUAUGUGCUCUAGCAAUUGGCUACCAAAGCUAUCUAAAAAAAGAAGUUUCAGUUUAAGAAAGCAAAAAUAGAAUAACAAUCUUAGACGUAAGUGUAUAGUAAUAAGCUAAAAGUCGAUAAGAUGAAGAACCUGUUUAAGAAACUGGGAGUGUGUCAUCAGAUUCUGACCCAGAAGUGGCGUCGGAAGAAGAACCAGAGGAUGUGUUUAAUGAAUAGGGAUUCUAAAAGGAGUAAAUAAGCUAUUAAUACGAAGUGAAGAGAGGAUGGUUAUAGAAUCAAAUGUGAAUCCAUAGGAAUGGGCCAAGGAAGUAGAGAGAGCUGCACAAAAGAUCAAGAUAGUAAUCAAACCUAAUGCUGGAGAGUGGAGAUAACAUUUUGAUGCCACUAAAUAAUAUUCAUCAUAAAUUAAAACAAUCCUACCCGAGGCAAGAGUUAAAUUGGAAAGAUUGACUGAUGAAUUGUCUGAGAUUUUAGACAGGAUUAGUAAGAGAGAAUAUAAUAUUAAUGAAAAUAUGCAUGAUAUGGUAUGGUUGAAAUUAAAUAAACUAGGGGAGUGAAUACAAAAAGAAGAAUGAAGAAGUCAAGAAGAUUGAAUUGUAAUGCAAGAAUUAUACAAAUGCGAUCAAGGAAAUGGGAGAUCAAUACAAAUAAAUUUCAGAAAAGUAUGAAACUGUAUAAAACAAAUUAAAUGAACAUGGUAGUAUCUCUACUGAUUAAUCUCCUGUGAUCAGAAUCAAGGCUGCUAUAACUAAGUUAAGGGUAAUACUCCAUAAUAGUUCUUUUAGUUAGAAAUUAAAUAAAUGGAUCUCAGAAUUGGAGUAUUGUCACAUACCAUUCUACAAAGAACGUAUCAUGACUCCAAAGCCAUGUAAGAAAGAGAUUUUCAUGAAAAUGGACUCAUUUUAAACGAUUCAAACGAGUUAACAGAUUGACAGAUAUAUAUAUAUAUAAUUAAUAC